AUGUCGGAAUCGUUAUCGACAUUUGGAACAAGCGCCUCGGCGGAGUCCGCAGAUGAAGAUCUUUCAUCUGAUGAAAGAUCUCCCCCUUCGUCACUUGUAGGGUCUUCGUCGAUAACCUCAACUGGAUUUUGGCGAAGAGGAGACGCGACAGCAAGGCGAGAGUCGCGUGGCUGGGCCACAAAACCUGGAGCCGUUCGAGUUGCCUGUGGGCUACGCGGACGAAGGCUCCGGCUUCCAGACGGUGAUAGGGGAUGUAGCAAUGAUGGAGAAGAUUUGGCGGCUGAAGCCUCAGCACGGGCUCGGUUUGCUGCUUUGAGGUUUGCCGCAGCGGCCGCACCCGGUUAA